CGUAUUAUAUUAUGUAGACUUAAGUGUGUAUUGUACUGUCAUUUCAUCACGUAGUUUAUAAGAGUAAAGCCUUGCGUCAGAAGUAUCUCUGGCAGGUUCGGUAAGCUGUGCGAGUUACUGAUCCUUAGUGCAUGGCAUCGUUUUUGGGAAUCACGAUUGAACUAUAUAUCGAUAAGUCAUAUUUUACAACACAGACAUUAUGAAACAAAAAAAGAAACUAAAAACAACAUCGGCGUAUGGUAUGGAUACAUACAAUACCUGUAUUUUCUAGACUAUAAAAGUGAUUAGUACUGUAUUUUCGUAAUGUUUCAAUAUAUAUAUACCUAUAUGUAUAGUAUAUUAUAUAUUAAUAUAUCCUAUAUAUAUAUGUAUAUACUAAAAUAUUGGUUUACUGUACAGUAUGAGAAAAUAUUGUGGCAGAUCGACAUGCCUUUAAAAUAUAAUUCCAACCGAAGUAUUCAUAGCUCAUGAAAGUGUAUUGAUAUACAGCGUUACAAUAUGUACAGAUAUAUCUACAUUUACUAUAAUUAGAAUUUGAAUAAAUGUUUCUUCAUGCAACCUUUCAGAUACAAAUGAUAUAUAUGUGUGAGGUUGGACGUAUAUUGUAACAAAUCGUUGACGAUUUUUGUUCUGUCGAACCUUUGUUAGGCUCAUCGCGUUUGUGUAUUAAGCGUCCUGCUACCAUAUUUUGCGUGUUUGGCUAUCGUUAUACAAUUUUUUAUCAUCCGCGUACAUUUUGCCGCAAAACUUAUGGCUUAUCGAUUAGUAACAUUAUCUGUUUUUCAUUAAACAAAAGUUUUCGUCAUAUUAGAUAUGACCAAAUCUCGCGCGCCUUUAUGUUAUAUACAUACCUCCCGCUGCCAUCGUCGGAUAGAGAGUGAAGUUGUGUGAACGUUGCGCUGCUGUUGAGUGGUCGAAUUUGGUUUGCAGUAAUUUGACAAAAUAGGAAGAACGGAGAAAUUCAAGGUUGAUAUUACGCGAGGCGCUUUGCGAUUCCCACGAAGACCUUUUCAACGUCUAAAGAUGGCGAGAAAAUCGAGAUCAAAAAAGAAGCUCCUCCUCCAAAAAUCAGGGGACGUCGUUAAAACCCCAAUACCGAUACCAAAUUUACCGGAGAAAUUUUUGUGGAUGCACGUGAACAGCGGUACCAAAAUAAAAAACGUACUAAGCUACGCUCUGAAGGAAAUACCCGGAUACAAUUGUAUCGUCUGGUCAGGUGCGGGUCAAGGGAUAGGUAAGGUGAUUACCUGCGCCGAAAUUUGCAAGAGAAAUCAUCCAAGUCUUCAUCAAAUCACGAAGCUUCGUUAUGUCAAAUCGAAAAAGGCUGCAGUGGUAGAGAAAAGCAAAGGUAACAUGGCUGAUCUCGGUGUUCCAGAGCUACAUAUUUUGCUGUCGAAGGAUCCUCUCGAUUCCCGGGAGCUUGGUCAUCAGUCGUCGAUCGACGAACCAGGAAUGUUUUCGUCGCGUCGUUCGGACCCAAAAACUUCCGGUGAAAAUGAUCAGCAAGAUUCUGAUACCGUCGUUAUUGACGGUAUAAGGGAGCUACAACCGUCGACGAGCAAGUUAUCGAGCGUAGCUACAGAGGAAUUUGCAGCUAUGGGUUUACGAACCGCGCAGAAGAGACCCCGUAAAGGACAACGGACGAGUGAAACGUCGUCGGGUAGCAAGAGUAGAAAGAAGGGGAAAGCAUGAAUGCCGAGAAAAUUGUCAUUUUCUUCUCUUUUUUUCUGGUAGAAAUUUUUAUUUUUUUUUUGCCUACCAUUGGUAAUAAUAACAAUAACAAUAACGAUAAGAAUUGCUGUUAUUUUUAUUAUUAUUAUUAUUAUUAUUAUUCCUGGAAGUAAUUACAUACGAGGAUGUAAUAUUCUGUCAUUACAGUUUUGCUAUUCAAUAUUACAUUAUUGUUGUUCUUCUUUUCUUCUUUCUCUUAUUAUCAUUACAAUAGUAGUAGGUAUAAUUCUAAUAAUUAAUUUCAUACACCAUUGUCAUCAUUAGUUCAUAUUUACAGAUUGUUAUGUACAGUGUAUUUAAUUGUUACAGUAUUUCUUUUUUCUUUCCUUUGUGGUUUUUGUAUUUUUGAAUUUUUUUUCUGUCACUUCGUUUCAUUACGGUACAUCAGUUAUUAUCCGUGUGUAACUCUGUGUGUAUGUAUGUAUGUAUGUAUGCAUAUAUGUAUGUGUGCACGCACCAAAGAGAAUAAGAUUCAAUGGAGAACAGAAUUCUUACAGGAUCGUAAAUCCGCGCCCAUUAUAAUUCAUAUAUGUAUAUUAAUAAUGAAACACUGAUGAUUUAUAAAAAACAAAUUCAUAAAUAAAUUCUGUAUAUCUUCAUCCUGACGAUGUAUGUAUAUUAUUAUAUUAUGUAUACACAACACAACACAACACGCACACACACGCGCACACAUGUGUAUAUACAUACAUCCAUACAUCGUCGUCAUUUAUGUUUCUAUGAUGUAAAGGUAUACCUAAUAGUAAUCUAUGGGAUCAGGCUGCGGAUUAUUAGUAAAUUCACUACAUCAGCUAUUGUUACAUACACAGUUUACACAUGCAUAUAAAGUAUCAUUUCAAUUCGAUAUUAGAAAAAAGACUCUGUGCUUUUCAUAUACAUAUAUGAUAUAUAUGAAUAUGUAUAUAUGUGUGUGCAUAUAAUUCAUCUGCUAUAUUGCUUUUGGUCGUAAGUAUAUAGUUUCGCUUUUUUCUUACCAGUCAAAAUUUUUGCCUCGAUUUAGGCUGUAAAAAAAUCGAUAGGAAACAUUGUUUACACUAGGCAAUUGAUUGAAUUAUACAUGUAUAGAAACGUUGAUCUUACAU